UUGUUAAGAGCGCGCGCCCUUCUCUGUUCCAGCUCAGUUGGAAAGCACGAGGAACCGACUAACGGAGGAAGCUGUCCUGUUCUCACUGUGCUUGCAGCAGCUGUAUCUGUGUCAGACAACUCUGAAUUGUAUUCUCUAAAUAUGUCUUCUACCGUUUGCUGUCAAAUAAACCAGAUUACAAUACAAGAUCGUCACAGAAAAAUCUUGUUUCUAUAGCCAACGGGAUCCCGAGGACUUGAUUAGUCAUUCCUAAGCCUGAUAGUUUGAGCUGGCACAGCCCCUGCCCCUUACCUUGCCCACUGGCAUUGUUUGGCUUCCAUCUGCACAAGAAGACUCGAAUUCCUUGUCUAUUUUGCUCUGGUGCCUUUUCAGUUGCCCUGUCCUAUCAACAGCACUGUCUGGAUAACCUUGUAUAUUAGGCUCAAAUACAAUUUGUUGCAAAAAUGAUUCCCAACGGAUAUUUGAUGUUUGAAGACGAGAGUUUCAUGGAUUCCACCGUGGCCAAGAUGAACGCCUUGAGGAAGAGCGGCCAGUUCUGUGACGUCAGACUCCAGGUCUGCGGCCACGAGCUCAUGGCGCACCGAGCCGUCCUGGCCUGCUGCAGCCCUUUCCUGUUUGAGAUCUUCAACAGCGACACGGAACCUCACGGGGUCUCGCAUGUCAAGUUUGAGGACCUGAACCCUGAUGCGAUGGAGAUCCUGCUCAACUACGCCUACACAGCCCAGCUAAAGGCAGACAAAGAGCUGGUGAAGGAUGUCUACUCUGCUGCUAAACGGCUCAAGAUGGAAAGAGUGAAACAGAUAUGUGGGGACUACCUGCUGUCGAAGAUGGAUCACCAGAGUGCCAUCUCCUACCGGCACUUUGCGAGCAGCAUGGGUGAUGGGCGCCUCCUGAGCAAGAUCGAUGGGUAUAUCCAGGAGCACCUGCUGGAGAUCUCUGAGCAGGACGACUUUCUCAAGCUCCCCCGACUCAAGUUGGAGGUGAUGCUGGAGGACAACCUCUCCCUGCCCAGCAAUGGGAAGCUGUACUCGAAGGUGAUCAAUUGGGUCCAGCGCAGCCUUUGGGAGAACGGCGAGCCUCUGGAGAGGCUGAUGGAGGAGGUGCAAACGCUGUACUACUCAGCGGAUCACAAACUCCAUGACGGCAGUCCGCUGCAGGGAGAGGCUCAGGUGUAUGGCGGUGAGGAUGACCACAUCCAGCUUGUGCAGAAGAAGGCCCCGCGCGAAAGCCUCCAGAGGCAGACCAGCAGCAGCGGCUCACUGGGAACCAUCUCCCCUGGCUUGGCUGGGACCGUCUGCAAGCACGAGUGGAAGUACAUUGCCUCAGAGAAGACCUCCGGCAACAUCUACCUGUGCCUGGCGGUCCUGAACGGCGUGCUGUGCGUGAUCUUCCUGCACGGCCGCAGCAGCCCCCUGAGCUCGCCCUCCAGCACCCCCCGCCUGUCAAAGAGCAUGAGCUUUGAGGCGUCCCCCAAAGAGGGCGAGGAGCGACUGCUGACCCCCAUGCAUUACGCCCGCUCCGGCCUCGGCACCGCCGAGCUGGACGGCAGGCUCAUCGCCGCAGGAGGCUACAACCGGGAGGAGUGCCUGAGGACUGUGGAGUGCUACAACCCAAAGACGGACCGCUGGACGUUCAUCGCCCCGAUGAGAACACCGAGGGCCCGCUUCCAGAUGGCGGUGUUGAUGGGUCAGCUGUACGUGAUGGGCGGUUCGAAUGGCCACUCGGAUGAGUUGAGCUGUGGGGAGACCUACAACCCGCAUGCGGAUGAAUGGACCCAGGUGCCUGAGCUUCGGACCAAUCGCUGCAAUGCAGGGGUCUGUGCGCUGAACAACGUUCUGUACGUGGUGGGCGGAUCGGACCCGUGCGGGCAGAAGGGCCUGAAGAACUGCGACUCUUUCGACCCUGUGACCAAGAUCUGGACCAACUGCACCCCCCUUAAUAUCAGGAGGCACCAGGCGGCGGUGUGCGAGCUCGGCGGCUUCAUGUACGUGAUCGGAGGGGCGGAGUCCUGGAACUGCCUGAACACCGUGGAGCGCUACAACCCCGAGAACAACACCUGGACCCUCGUGGCCCCCAUGAACUUGGCCCGGCGAGGAGCGGGCGUGGCCGUACACGAGGGAAAGCUGUUCGUGGUGGGCGGGUUCGACGGCUCCCACGCCCUGCGCUGCGUGGAGGUGUACGACCCGGCGCGGAACGAGUGGAGGAUGCUGGGAAGCAUGACGUCGGCCCGCAGCAACGCCGGCGUGGUGGUGCUGGGCGGCUCCAUCUGGGCCGUGGGCGGCUUCGACGGCAACGACUUCCUCAGCUCGGUGGAGGUGUACGACCCCCACGCCGACGAGUGGAGCCCCUGCGCCGAGGCCUCGGCCGACUAGGGCCCCGGGCCACGCCCCUUUCAGACUAACAGGCUUAGUGAUGUCAUUGUGUUUAGUGAAGUUCGGCAUGCGAGCGGUGCGGGAGGGAGGGAGGGAGCGGGACGGGGAACCAGGGAGGGCGUUUUUGGUUAAGUUGCAGUUUAGCUGGUGGCAGGAGCAUUUUCCUUUGGGUUGCUGAAGGGAGCAACAUAAAGCCUUUGCAUAUUGCAUACACUUAUUUAGUGCUGUAUAUAUAUUAUAUUUUCUAUUGUUUUCACCGUCUUACUAAGAAUGCCAACACUGAGAAAUCUUUGGAGGUUGUUUUUGUUUUUGUUUCUUUUUUGGAAAGGGUUUUUCCGAGCAUAACAAUUUUAUUUGCGUAUUAGGGUUGUCAUGUACCUCAUUUAGCCAGCGCGACUUUCGUUGGGCGGUUUUUGGAACGUCAGCGCUCGAUUCGAGCAUGCAGAGAGAACGUUUGUUUGGAUUGAAAAUUGUUCCACGGAAUGUCUCCUGGCAUGUUAUGUUUUCUUAUUUUGGCUUAGUUAAUCUUUAGCUCAGCCUCCACAGACAAAGAAAAAAAAAAAAAAAGCCUUACUCAGAGGUUAUAACUACUACGGCUGUUUUUCUGUCAUUUAAACGAGAACUGAAUUGCUUUACCAGUGCAGGCGGAGAGAUCUUUUGCGAUUGCCUUUUUAAUAUAUUUUGUAUACACUGCUGAGCAGGUUAGUCAUCGAUUUAAGCAAAGCGGAGCACCACGCCUCUGUUAAAGGAAAACAAACGGUGCCAGUUAGGUUGACAUGCAGACGUUCACAAUAGCCAUAGCUUCUCUCUGCCAAAUCAAGCCUUCAAGUACUGCCAUGUUACUAACCAUUCAUCUGAUUGAGGUGGCUUUUUGUGAACUUUUUUCAAUUUUUUUUUUUUUUCCUUGAGUGGUUAUAAUGAAUUGGAGAAGCUGGAGUUCUAUCAACUUUUGUUACAAGCUGAGCUGAAAUUUUCUUAACUAAUAAUAGUAAUAAACCAUUUCAACCCA